CACAAGAAAACAUCUCCGAGCGCUGACACAAAAGCAAAACCCACUCGCUUACCAUAGUCAGACACUCUUCUUCGCAUUAUCCCUUUGGGCAGAGCAAACGGCAUAAGACAUGGCUAUGUCUAGCGGCCUUAUCUCCACCUUUCUCGCCGGUGAAACGAAGUCGUUUGCCGUUCCUUACUUCAGCUUCACAGCUUCCCCUUGUCCCAGGCCUGUCCGCCUGCGCGUGACACGCACGCCUACUCUGGCCACCGCUUCUAAGCAGGCCUCCACUGGCAAGGGCGAGCUCCGAGGCAUUAUGAAGCCCAGAAAAGUCUCGCCGGAGAUGCAGUCACUUGUUGGAGCUCCUGAGAUUUCUCGUACACAAGCCCUUAAGGUUAUUUGGGCCCACAUUAAGGAGAACAAUCUUCAGGACCCUGAAAACAAGAGAAUCAUUGUUUGUGAUGACAAGCUGAAGAGUAUUUUCAAAGGACGGGACCGAGUUGGAUUUCUUGAAAUUGCAGGAUUGAUUACUCCUCACUUUCUUUGAUGGAAAACUUGCGAGGGAUAACCUAUAGCGAUGCGGAUGGUUUAUAUGUAGGGUUGUUUUUUGGGUAAAUGAUACUUAGUAGAAGGUGGGAACUGCUGAAUUUUGAAUCUAAGAAAGUGUCGGUGUUUUUUUUUGCCUUACAGAACUAGUUGUUAUGUAAGUGUUUCUGUUUCAGAACUUUUUAUUGUGUAGUAAGCUUUUCUAGGCAAAAUAUCUUCAUUGACUGCCGGUUUGAA